AUGUCGAAAGUUGCGGUUGUGACUGGCUCCAAUAAGGGAUUGGGCUUUGCCAUUGUGAAAGGUUUGUGCCAAAGAUUUGACGGAGUCGUCUUUUUAACUUCAAGAGAUGAUACUCGAGGCCAAAAAGCUGUCACAGAACUCAAUAAAAUUGGAUUACAUCCAGAGUACCAUCAACUCGAUGUGACGGACAAAGAAAGCGUUACAAGAUUCAGAGAUUUUAUUAAACAAAAAUAUGGUGGAAUAGAUAUUCUCAUCAAUAAUGCUGCAGUAGUUGAUAAUUUCAUGUCUCCUUGCACUUAUGAAGAAGGAAAAGAAAUAAUUAAUAUUAAUUUUAAAAGUAUAUUAAUAACACAAGAAUUUAUCUACCCGUUAGUAAAAAACAAUGGCCGUAUUCUCAACCUUUCAAGUAGUUGUGGUCAUCUUUCAAAUUUAAGAAAUAAGUAUUGGAUCGACAGACUUUCUAAAAGAGAUUUAAAAAUAGAAGAUAUCAAUGACUUUAUCGAUUGGUUUCUCGAAUCUAAAAAGGCUGGUACAUUCAGUUCGGAAGAUUUUGUUGAUAAUGGCGUGAUAGCAGCGUACAGAGUGGCCAAGAUUGCUCUUAGCGCUAUGACGAUGAUACAACAAAAGGAAUUAGAAGCUAGGAAUAUAUCCGUCAACUCGAUGCAUCCUGGACUAGUGCGUACGGAUUUGACUAUGGGUUUAGGGUUUUAUAGUAUCGACCAGGCGGCUGAGACUCCACUAUACCUCGUACUUGAUGCACCUCAAACGUUGAAAGGAGCUUACGUGUGGUUCGACAAAAGAGUUCUUGACUGGUACGACUACAAAGAGGAUUAUUAUUUCACUUUUAAAUCUUUGAUGGCGUAG